AACACCCUGAUCCAAAAUGGCGGCCUCGCCCGUGGUGUCCGGUGCAGUGGCUCAGAGGAGUCACCGCGCAGUCAGGACAGCGACGGUCCGCAGCCGUUAGAGAUGUGUCGCCUGUAGUUCCGGAGCCGGUUUGUAGUUUUUAAAGGCGUUCUUCCGGACAUGGAGCUCUCCUCGGCCCUGGAGAAGAACGCGGCCGACCUCACGGUGAUGGACGUGUACGACAUCGCCGCGGUGGUCGGGCAGGAGUUCGAGCGCAUCAUUGACCAGCACGGCUGCGAGGCGCUGUCCCGACUCAUGCCCAGCGUGGUGCGCGUGCUGGAGAUCCUCGAGGUGAUGGUCAGCCGCGGCGGCGUCGGGCACGAGACCGACGAGCUGCGGCUCGAGCUCGACAGGCUGCGGCUCGAGCGUCUGGACCGGACGGAGAAGGAGCAGAAACACAGACAGGAGCUGGAGCUGGUGGAGGACGUCUGGAGAGGAGAAGCUCAGGACCUCCUCACUCAGAUCGCUCAGCUGCAGGAGGAGAACAAGAGCCUCCUCACCAACAUCUCCAACAAAGACCCCAUGAGUGAGGAGGACCUGCAGAGGCACGAGGGUAUGACAGAGAGAGAGAGGCAGGUGAUGAAGAAGCUCAAAGAAGUGGUGGACAAGCAGAGAGACGAGAUCCGGGCCAAGGACCGCGAGCUCACGCUGAAAAACGAGGACAUAGAAGCACUCCAGCAGCAGCAGUCCCGCCUCAUGAAAAUCAACCACGACCUGCGCCAUAAGAUCUCCGUGGUGGAGGCUCAGGGGAAAGCGCUGAUAGAGCAGAAGGUGGAGCUGGAGGCCGGGGCUCAGACACGCGGGCAGGAACUCGGAGCCCUGCGACAGGAAGUUGCACGCUUGAGGGAACGACUCCAAGGAGACCUGCCCGCCCAGAACCCAGAGGAACCUCCACCUCAGCCCCCAUCACCUGCAGAGUGUGGUAAAGCUGCUACAGAGGUGGUGGUGGGGGGGGCGGAGGGCUGGUCAGACAGACCCGACCCCUCUGAGCCGAUGUUGGGGGGGUUUGACCCUUCCUCCUCCCCGCUGCCUGGUUCCCUCAGCCCAGAGGGCCACGAGGAUGAGGAGGAUGAGGAGGCUGAGGACGAGGAGGUGUUGCUUUGGGAGGCGAUGUGCGAUGACGACAUGCCUGCUGUGUUCCAAUAUUUUACAAAGGAGGCGCUGUGUGAGGAGGAGACGGGAGGUCUGGACCCCAAGGACCCCAACCGGCCCCGCUUCACCCUGCAGGAGCUGAGGGACGUCCUCCACGAGAGGAACGAGCUGAAGGCCAAAGUGUUCCUGCUGCAGGAGGAGCUGGCCUACUACAAAAGUGAAGAGGCAGAAGAUGAGAUGACUCCUUUUCCGUCUCCUUCACCUGAGCUGAGGACUCGAUCACGUUCUUCUGCUCAGCCGGAGUCGGGAAUCAAACGCCUGUUUAGUUUCUUCUCACGGGACAAGCAGCGGAGCUCUCAGCGCGGCGGCCAGUUUGACGCCGGCCUCGGCUCGUGGACGGUGAAGGAAGACGUGUACACGGAACAAGCCCAGGAGGCUCUACAGCACCUGUAGAGUCACGGCACCGGGCGAACUCCAGAACUCUCUGCACUCCAUGUCCACCACUCGAGGCCGGCUUUGUGAAAGCGUUGGAUUUGCACACCCCGAAACCACAAGUGACUGAAAAUAGCUCGCAGCCUUUCAGGUGAGACGGAAAGAAGAGAAUCCUCCUUGAAUGAGGCUCCAGCUUAGAUAGAUUUAUUUAAACAUCUGAGAAUACUUUAUAUAUAUAUACAUACUGUAUAUCUCAGUGAGCAAUGGCACAUAUAAACUUUAAAAAAUGCAAGAGAAGAUGUUGGAGGAGAGGGCAAACUCAAGUUGUAGGAUGGAAAGUGGAAAGUAGGAUAAAGAAAUGUUCAGUGGGGGAAAAUGAAGACAAAGAUGAAGGCUGGGGACAUAAAAGUGUGCUGCUGAUAUUGUGUUUAAAUAUCACACGACUCCAUAUUUAUAUUGUUUGCUAUUCGAUAAAAGACGAGGGUUUUACAGUUUACGAUCCACCAUAGAAUGAAGAAAGCAUACAGGUAGUUUACUGAACAAUGAGCAACACUUUUGUGUCCCUUCUGAUUUAUUUAAUGUCUCUUCCUUGUUCAUGUGAGCAGCUCGUAGGUCCAUCACCAGCACUAUCAGCAAGUCAUAACUAUGCAGCUCUAAAAAAACUACAGAGUUUAAGGCUUUGUGUGUAAAAUGUUGCAUAGAAUCACAAUUUUAAAAAAACAGAUGCUUUUUAUUUAUAAUCAUUCAACAUGCAGUAAAGUAUGGAAGCCCAGUUCUGACAAGAAAAGAAAAAAACCACACAAACAUAAAGGGUUUGACCCGAUAGAAAUAAAACUACUAAUGUGACUCAAAAUGAUAUAUUUUUGACUAUAGUAAGUAAUGUUUUAUUUAAAAUUAUUAUGUCUUCAUUUUGACUUAAAAAAUCCAAACUAAGAUGAUAAAUUAUACACUAAUGUCAUAUUAAAAAGACAAAUAAAACAGAUUGACAAAGGCUGUGAAUUAAAUUAUAAUAAUAGUAAAUCAUCUUAAUAUUAACUCAUAGUUUUGACUUUGAUUCACACAGGACUAGUGUUACCUUCAGGCCUCUAGUAAUUUAUAAUAAUUGUGAAUAAUCUAAUGUGAUUUUAAUCCUGUGUAAAUCAGCUAUUUCCAUAUUUGUUAAGUAAAACUUCCAUAUGUCGCCAAACACAGAGGUCAUGUGAUAAUAAUAGUCCCAUGCCAUUCAGCGUCUCUUUGGCUUUGGCGUCUUAUUUAUUGUUUUUUUUGCAAAGCUUUUUGUUUUCUCUGCUCCUUCUUCUGCCUCCAGGUCAAACAUUAGAGGAGGCUUCACUGGCAGUUAUGAAUGAAAGUUUUGACAGAAUUUUGGCUGCAAAUUCAUGAGGCUCAUCUCUCUGUUGAGACCCAUUCGCACUGAAGCAAGAGGUCUUUUUGUAGUAUUUAUUAAACAGAAAUAGGCCGAAAUAAUAUGUCUCAUAUUUAUAGUAUUAAAUAUAAAUAUGAUAUAGUAUCAUAUGUUUAAUAUAAACUGAUAUUACAGCUUUUUAAUUUUUAAUAAUAAUAAGUAAGUAAUUUGUCAUAGUUCUGAUUUAGUAACUCAUAAUUUGUAUUUACUAAAUUAAAAAUAUGACUUUUUUAUAAUAAUUAUAAUAGUUAAUCAUAAUCAUCAUAAUUAUUAUCUUGCAUAACUUCUCAUGUGUUUUUUCUUCUCAUCUCUGGUGGAAACGGGCUUCCAUAAGUAAAUAUGAAAUGAACACUAAUGUCAGAGAGCAAUAGAUGCAUUGUGGGUAUUACUACUGACGUCCAGCAUCCAGAGCCUCUACGUCUGGUUUUAACUCUAUCAUUGCCAAAGCUGUCUCUUCAAAUCAUACAUAAAUAUUCAAACCUCCAGUUUUAACAAUAACAGCAACUUCAGAAUCACCAGCUGAACCAAAGCAGGUUAAACAAACAUCUUCUUUGGUGGUUUAACAAACAGAUGCAGUAUAUUAAAAACAAACACAGCUUAUAAUUCAUAAUCUGUGCAGAAACCUCACAACAUUUAAGCACUCCAGCCUUAUCUCUUAGAAUCAGUUUUGUCUCACCGAAAUUUGUCACUGAGACAUUUUUUGUGGGAUGACAGGAAAACUAAAGAACAACUGGAAAACAUUAAGAGAAAAGUUCUCGUUCAAGUUUUGCCACUAAGUGAUGCAACAUUAAACAUUUUUAUUUCUUAUGUAAAGCUACCUUUAUAAAAAACAGAGCCAGGGGAGGGGGAAUAUAUUCAGAUUAAAAAAAACAGACUUUUCGAGAUUAAACAUGAUAAAUUACGCAAAAAAACUUUGAGAUUCUUGAGAUUGAAGUGGUAAAUGUAUGACUAAAAAAACUAAACUCUGAAAUUUAACUAAAAUACUGCUCUUCCAAAUAUGUCUCUUCAUAGUCUGGAUGAUCUCAUAAGAGAAUUUCUAAAAUUGAUCAUUUAAUAAUCUCAGAAGAAGUUGUAGUUGUAAAUUUGGGAUUUUUUAUUCUCGUAAAUUGAGAAUUUCUGAGUUUUUUUCUCUGAAUUAAACCCCCUCCCCCGGCUCUAUACUUUAUUUUUUCUACCUAUAACAGCCACAAUACGCCAUCGUACAUCUUUCAGUAUUCCAAAAAUAAAAUAUCCAACCAUAAGCACACAUCAUGUAGAAAAUACACAGCAAUAUAUAACUUUGAAUUUAGGUUUGUUAAAUACCUACUACAAGGCCUCGAACAUGCUUUCAAAGCAAUGUUUUCAAAAUGCACAGAAGAAGAAGAAUCCUGUAAAAUCAUGAAGCUACAUAGUAAAAAACAUUUAACAAUAUUCCUCAGAUUGUGUUCAGGAGACGGAUGAAAAGUUGGAAAUGACAGAAAGAUGUGCUGAUGUGUUUUUUGGAGUGAAACCGGGAGUGUUUAAUAGUAGAGACACUUCUUUAUGAAUGUAAAACGACAGGAACACUAUGCUGAGCGUCAAAGCAGCUCCUCACAUAUUCAGAUACAGAAAAGAUUAAUGAUGAGACAGAAUCUUACAUUUAGAUUUAUAUCUGGAGGUCAAAGGGAUCUGGACAUUUUAAACAUGAACACUUUAAAAGGGAAAACUGGUGAAAAUAACAAUAAACACUCCGGUUCUCCAGCUCAGUAUUUUUUAUUGUGUUUUAUCUCCACCUCUCGUGUUUCCCUGAUUUAUGAAUUAAAACUGAUAUUUAAAAUAUAUACUGAAUGGAUCAGAGCUUUAUUUAACGAGCCGGCUUCUAUUCAAACGUGUCUCCUCAAUAAUAAACAUUCUGUCA